UCUAUUUACCCCCCUGAAUUUUCUUUUCUGCCCGCCUACCCUAACGAACACUUUCAUCUCCUUCGAUCUUCUUCUUCUCCGCCAGGAAAUUCACGAUGAUGAUGGGAAAGCGCAAGGGCUUUGAGUUCCAGAUUACCAUUACAUGCACUGGAACAAAUGAGAUGGAUAAUAUGAUCUAUCCCUUCUGAUGGCAGCUAAUCAGCAACUUUUGCACGAAGUUUACAAUUUUACAGUGCUGAUGCAGAAAGAAAUUCUUCUGUUCUCUCUUCAUCUCGUCCUGUUGUGAGCAGGGCAUUGAUUGAAGAGGAGUGGGAACUCUUCAAUAUAAGUCAAUGAAGCAUAUUGUGAAAAUUAUGACGUUGUUGGUGGCCAUCUCUGCCUUGUGGAUUGGUCUCUUACAGACAUCAAUUAUCCCACGUAGUCAUACUUGGUUGCUACCAAUAUAUUUCAUUGUGUCUCUAGGAUGCUAUGGGCUCCUAAUGGUUGGAGUUGGUCUGAUGCAAUUUCCAACUUGUCCUCAAGAAGCAAUAUUGUUGCAGCAGGAUGUAGCUGAGGCCAAGGAGUUUUUGAAGCAGAAAGGGGUCGAUGUGGGUGGUUGUGAUUGAUUCUGCACACAGUGUUCUGCCUCGGUGUUUCGAUACAAAGAAAAGACCUAAUUAAAUGCAGAAUCCAUUGAACUCCGCUCAUUCUAGCAGUGGUAUGGUGGAAGACUUCAUAACAGUUCAUUGCUUCCACCUGAUGGGAAAAUUGGGAAGGUUUUACUAGGUGAAGCAAUGAACCCCUUUGGAGUUCUUAACUUUAACAACAAACAUUAAGCCUUUUGGCUUAUUGAAUUGUGGGAAAUAGAAAAAACUUUGGAAAGUGUACAUGUUAUAGUUAAUCAUUUCCUGUUUAUGUCUCAGAAAAAUUUGUAUCCUUUGUUCUUUUUGCUACAAGUAUACAGGCUUUUAUCAA